AUGGGUACCGUUGAGGAUCAUCAAAAUGGGGCGAUUAUAGCUGUUGCAGCUACUUUUAUGACGAUAGCGUUUAUCACAGUGGCACUCCGAUGCUAUGUCCGACUCCGCCUAGUGAAGGCGUUCGGCUGGGAUGAUGGCUCGAUGGUAGUGGCUAUGGCCUGUUAUAUACUGUUUUCAGCAUCCAUGAUCGGGGCGGGUCUCCACGGAAAUGGGCGACACUGGUAUAAUGUCCUCCCUGAGGAGCGAGUGGUCGCAAUGAAGUAUUGGUGGUUAUGUGAAAUUGCAUUCUGUUUUUCAUCGAUUUUCUGCAAGAUUUCGAUUUGCAUUUUCUUGAUGCGUAUCUGCAUCAAGAAAACACACAUGUGGACUCUUUACUCGGUCAUGGCCUUGACCGUUUUGGCUGGCCUUGUUUUCAUGUUCCUCAUGCUCUUACAAUGCAAGCCACUGUCAUACUUCUGGACCCGGAUGGCCAAACACCCAGUCGUCAACGUUGAAGGCGAAGGCUUUUGUAUCAACAUGGAAAUCAUAGUCGCCAUGACAUACGUUUACAGUAUCUUCGCUGCCGUUUGUGAUUUCACUGUCGGCAUUUUACCCAUUUUCGUCGUCCACCAACUACAAAUGAAGACACAGACGAAGGUUGCGGUGAUUGGCAUUUUGAGUAUGGCUUGCAUUGCCUCCUCCGCUGUUAUUGUUCGCAUCCCGUUCGUCAAGACCUUCCUUGAUCUGAACGACUUUUUAUUUUCGACUGUCCAAAUCGCAUACUGGUCGAAUAUUGAGAUUGGUCUAGGAAUUACCGCCGGCAGUCUCGCGACCCUCCGCCCCCUCCUCCGUCACUGGUUCGGCACGCGCGCCGACCCAUCAUACUCAGCCGGCUUUCCCAAACAAUCAUACGGGCGCCGUACCGGCGGCGGUCUCAGCGGAGCGCAUGGUGCAUCACUACCAUUGGGGUCAAUUAGCCAAGCUGAAGGAGGCGACUUAAGGCCCGAUAAGGUCUCAGUCAUGGUGACGAACAUCGAGAGCCAAAGAGACUCAAAGAAGUCCUGGCCAAGGCCGUCCAGCCCGAGCAGUAGCGAAGAAGGCUUGAACGUGCAUCACCCUCCUCUUCCCGGAAGAAUGGAAGUGGGUGUUCACCAGACGUUCGAGGUCAUUCGAACCGCUGCAGAGAACGAUCUUAAUGAAGGGUAUCACCAUCACAGGUUUGAGAGGGAAAAUGUAUAA